AAGAAAAGGUAAGUCGCGGACUUCUCAAGUCUCGACCAAGUUUAGUUAGCUCGAGUUGUUGCCGGUGUCAGACAAAUCUCAGCGACAGAAUUUUCUUUUUAGAAUCCUCAACUUGACUGACGUCAUCUUUGGUGUGCCAAGCAACGGGAAGUAUUUUGUUUUAAUACGAUGGCUUGCGAAGGAAAUGGUAUAUCAGAUCAGAGGAUCGGGGAAAAAAAGUUUACCAACUAUUGCUAAUGUGUUUUAUUCAUUCACAGAUCAGAGGAUCGGAGAAGCACUGAUAAAGGAGGUUAUAGAAGAAGAGCUUAAGGAUGUGCCCGCAGAAGAUAUCCCUCCUCUCACUCCACUGGCUGUGGAAAUAGAAAAUACUCAGGAGAAGAAGCUUGUGACCCAGUUGGGCAAAAUUAUCCGAAUUGUUGGUGACAAGGUGAAACAUGACAAGGAGUUGCAGGAUGCAAUUGAUGGUUUAACCUAUCUGGAUGGAUCCAUGUGGGAAAAUUUCAAGAAAGUGGCCAAUAAGGUCAUUGAACAAGGCAUUACUUGGGAGAGCAUAGCUGUGCUCUUCUAUGUAGCAGGGAAGCUAGCACUCAAGAUGGUGGAGGCUCAUCUGCCACAGUCAGUGAGGGAGAUCCUGAAUUGGACAGUGGAUUACUUUCGGACGUACCUACUCGGCUGGAUUCGGGAACAUGGUGGAUGGAUCAACAGUUUCUCUGAGUUGGCAACAACCUCCAUGCAGAAUGUGGGAUUUAACCGUCCACACUAUAGCGUGGUCCUCAUAUUUUGCAGUGGCCUCCUCAUAGGAAGUUUGUUUACCUGGAGGGUGAGCAGAGGCUGAAAACCCUGCUAUCAAUUUGGCACUAUUCCCAGAACGUGUGAGUUUUUGUGGUUUUUUUAUUUGUAUGUAAACAUUUCGACACCACUAUCAAAUACGGUACAUGGGUAUUUUCAUACUUGAAUUGAUACAGUAUUUUAUCAAUAUUUUGAGAAUUUUACCCCCCAAAAAUUACAGCCAUUAUUAUUUGUUUGAUAUUGAUAUAUAUUUGUCCCCUCCUGUGUACAAUUGAAAUGACUGAUCAAUCAGUUCCGUUGUUUGUUAAAAAAAUAUUGACAACAAAUAUAAAAAGUACGCUCCACUGUUCGAAUGCUGGUCUUUGGUAUAAUUUUCUGAUUAAAUCUCAGAGAGAAAUAGAAACCAGAGGAAUGAUAGAAUUAGGCGUUUGUUGUCAUAAUAACAGCGUCCACUAGAUGCCAGCAGAGGGAAAGAUCCAGAUUUUUUUUGCUUCUAUUUGCAGCUUGCUUCUAUUUAUGAAUACAUACUGUAUACAUAUAUUCUGUCAUUCAUCUUCCAAAAUACUUAUGACAUUCUUUAUUCAUGUGGUAACAUGAAACAAGUUUUCUUUUUUGUAUUUUUAAGUUUUUUAUUUUGAUAUUUACUGUUUAUUCGCCACCGCUGAGCCUGCUAUUAAAUUCUUAUAUUGA